AUGGUCGGCAAGAUCCCUGGCCUGCUCUCGCUCAAGGCCGGCGGACCGCUGCCAAUCUGUGUUCCGCGUGCGAAGGGCUUCGAUAUGGGCCUUGUUGCUGUGCUAGAGAAACCCAGUGAUUUGGAGGGAUACGCGGUGCAUCCGGCGCAUCUAGAGUGA